AGGUGGGCUGUCUUGGGUUCUCCCGGGCUCCCGACGGGAGGAAGUGUAUUUAAGAUGUUGUAAGACUGCUAGGCAGUGCAGUGGCUGGGUGGAACUGAGGUGCUGACACUUAGGUUAGCAUCUCAAUAAACCUUCUUUGUUUAUUAUACUCGCCGUGUCGGGUCUUGCUUGGGUUCCUGGGCGCUGCCGAGAGCUGGGCACUUCGGAGUUAGUAAAAGUUACCAAGGGCAGCGUGGUAACACCAUGGCCCUGGAUUACGCCCAGGUGGUUUAGAGCUGGAAGGAGAGGAGGAGGAGUUCAACCUCAUCUCCUGCCAAUGUCUGCAACUUCAAUCUUCUGUUAAAGAAAGCCGGCUGGAAAAGGGGGAAAAAAAAGAUUUGCCAACCCAAGCAGGCAGGCAGAGCCUUUUUCAUUUCAGCCAAUCAGAACACAAGAGAACAAAAAUAUUACCCAGUUUCCUGUUCCAGGCUGCGUAGGAAAGCGAAACUUUAACUUCUCGGGGGGAGGGGGGGGGGCUUGCUGGGCAGCCUUGGCCAGCGGCUCUGCAAAAGGCGAAGAUCCUUGUUCUGCCUGGAGCACUGCAGAAAGUCCGGUGUCUCCAAACAGGGGCUGCGCUCAGGUUUGGCCAGCUUGUGCUGCUCGGAAGAUGGGAGAGCCGGAGGAAAACCUGGUCGGCCUCCCACGGGGGAUGGAAAGUCCUCCGAAGAGGAGGAGCAGCAGCAGCUGUAGCCGCGGGGCGACUACUGGAAGGAAGGGGGCACAGCUGGUGAGAUGGCUGAGUCUUCCGGACUUGGUUCCUGGAUCCAGGGCGGAGAGGAUGUGUGAGGAACACCAAGAGCCUCUAAAAGUCUUCUGUAAGGAGGAUCGCGCCUUCCUCUGCUUGGUCUGUGACAAAUCCAGACAGCACAGGGCUCACACGGUUCUUCCUCUGGAGGAGGCAGCCCGGGAAUAUAAGAAUGAAAUUUAUGUGCAGCUACAGGAUCUGAAAACAGAAAAACAGACUGCCCAAAAUGAUAAAGUGACCCUGCAGAACGGUACUGCAAAAUAUUUGGAAGAGAUUAAGAUUGAAAGGCAGUACGUUUUGCGGAAGUUCCAGAAACUCCGCCUCUUUCUGGAGAAGCAGGAAAGCCUUCUGCUAGCUCAGCUGGAAGCACUAGAAGAGGAGGUGAAGAUGGCGCAGAAGGAAAAUGAUACCAAACUCUCUUACAUUUCCUCUUAUCUUGAUGACCUUAUUGGAGAUUUAGAGAGGGAUUGUCAGCGACCUGCCAGUGAAUUUCUGCAGGAUGUCAACAGAUCUUUAACCCGGUAGGUGUUUUCUUGUUCUUCAUUGAUUGCAAGUGUGCACUAUGCAAAAUAAUAAGAAUUUAAAUACAAAGCCAAACCCACCCAACCAAACACAAAAAUCUUUUGG